UGUGGAAAGGAAAUCGUUGGAUGUGAUGGUGGGCUCCAGCUGGAACCCAUUUGCGUUUGCUUCUCGACGAGUGUCAACUUUCAACCAUGAUGGCCUUUCAUUGCACGCCACCCAUCAUCAACCACCAGCAGUGCGCCUCCAAGCAUUAGUCUAGUUAUUAGAUAGCAGCACACACCAUGAUGAACCAGAGUAGUCUUCGGACGCUCUUGGCGGCUACUCUAGUGGCAGCAGCAGGGGCGUUCACGUCGCCACAAUUACAUGCAGUCAAUUUCCAUCAACAGACCUCCCUCUUUGCCGUGAUACGGGGAGAUGAAAUCAAUAACGCCGUAUCCGAAGGUGCAGGAGGAGUCCAUCUUGCCCGUGACAGUGCCAUUAAGAUCACAGGAGAAGUCAAGCACAAACCAGGUUCGGCCAACCCCAAACCAGCAGAGCUCUUGCGAUAUACCCAAUUCCAACAAGUUUCCGAUGAUCUCGCUUCUUCCGUCAAGAUUGUCUGCACGGGCCGAGGGACGGAAGUGUACCGAGAUCCAGGUGACUCUACCGUCAAGGACGUUGCCUAUGCUCCACAUGAUGCCGUCAGGGAUGCCCUCAAUGCAGCCGGAUCCACACAAGAUGCGGAUCGCCUAGUAAUCAACUUUUUGGGGGGCGAUGAUUUGCAGGUCAUGGAAGUAUUGGAAGCCGUAGAACAACUGGUGCUGAAUCUAGAUGUCAAGACCAAAACCAAAAUCACCUUCAAUUCACUCUGUCACGGUGCGUUUCCCAUGGAGCAGGCGGCAUUGACGGUGGUCAAAGUGGAAGACGAUAGUGAUUCAGAAGGAGCCGAGCAGUUGAAGGGAGUCGAAAAGGCGCUUGCCGAUGGAGAAGUCUACUUUCAAGAUGGAAAGUACUUUACUGUAGUUAAGGAAGACAUUACAGAUGCUGUGGAGUAACUUACCAUAAGUACUCCAGCCCAGCCAGCCAGACAAACCAUGGCGUGUCUCCAUAUGUUGUUCCAACUGAACUUGAAUGUUACUUAUUUGU